UCUUUAAAUACACUUAUUCUUCCUGUACAUACAAUGAUAGUAAUACUGUUCUAAAGAGCAGCUUUAAAAGUCUACGAGACUAAUCCACACUCUGCACAAGAAGUUCAUGUGUCAAGCCCUAGGAUUCUCUUUCCUACAGUUCAGGAUGCUUCUUACCCUGCCCUAUAGAGGCAGCACUGAAAGACUUGGAGGAAAAAAAGCAGACAAAAGCCUGUGAGCUGAAAACUAACCACAGCCUUUGUUCUUAGUGGGAGCCCCAACACUGACACCAGAAAAGAUGGUGCUAUGCUUUCCUCUCCUCCUAUUGCUGCUGGAACUGUGGGGACCAGUAUGUCCACUUUCUGUUCAGCCUAAGCAUCUCACCAAGGCUCAUUGGUUUGAAAUUCAGCAUCUACAGCCAAAUCCUCUCCAGUGCAACAGAGCAAUGAGUGGCGUCAAUAAUUAUACUAAGCACUGUAAGCCUAAAAACACCUUUCUGCACGACUCUUUCCAGAAUGUGGCUGCUGUCUGUAAUUUGCUCAACAUUGUCUGCAAAAAUGGUCGGAACAACUGCCACCAGAGCUCCAAGCCUGUCAACAUGACUGACUGCAGACUCACUUCAGGAAGGUAUCCUCAGUGCCGCUACAGGGACGCUGCCCAAUACAAAUUCUUCAUUGUUGCCUGUGACCCCCCGCAGAAGAGCGACCCUCCCUAUCAUUUGGUUCCCGUACACUUAGAUAGUAUUGUCUAAAGUCUCCAUCACUUUUUCCUCUUAUUUGACACAGGAUGUCUUGUAAUUUCUUCUGCUUUUUCUUUUGUUAAUUUCCUUAUUCCCACAGAAGAAAGAAGGAAGGUGUUGGGAGAAUGCCUAGGAUACCAGCCCAGAGUUGGGACAAAAAGAAAUGGGAUUCUUUUCUGCUUUGGAGCUUUGUGUGUUUUUGAGGGAAGGCAGUGGGGAAGAGGACAAAGCAGGGUUCAGAACUCCAGAUUUCUAACCUUGCAACGUUUGCCAAGCUUUAUUGCACUGUUCACAGCAAUAAAACCACUUCCUGCUGCAUUUUAA